AUGGAGCAAGCACAGCUAGAGCCCAGCGUCCGCCUCCCCUGGGAGAAGCCGAACCCGCCUAAGAGGCGCCCGACUUUCUCGAAGCGUCCCAGCAUGGGCACGAGGAUGCCCAGCGUCGCCAUGUCUAUCGAGCAGCGGCGGGUCCGGCUGCUCAACUUCCUCCCGCUGAACGUCAAGAACCACAUCGUGGCCGUCGCCAGCGAGUUCGCCGGCACCUUCAUGUUCCUGCUAUUCGCCUUUGGCGGCACCAACGCCGUCAACACGGCCCCCGACGAGGGCCAGCCCCAGAACCUCGCUGCCAACCCGUCCAAGCUCAUGUUCAUCAGCUUGUGCUUCGGCAUGAGUCUCGCGGUCAACGCUUGGGUCUUCUUUCGAAUCAGUGGUGGUCUCUUCAACCCCGCCGUGACACUAGGCAUGAUGAUUAUUGGUGCUGUCGGCUAUCUGAGGGGUGUGCUGAUCGUCAUCAGCCAGAUCGCUGGUGGCAUUGCCGCUGCUGCUGUGAUCUCGGGCAUCCAGCCUGGCGACCUGAAAAUUGCGACGUCCUUGGGAGGUGGCACAUCGGUUGUCCAGGGACUUUUCACCGAGAUGUUUCUAACGGCCCAACUGGUCUUUACCAUCUUCAUGCUCGCGGCCGAAAAGCAUCGGGCUACGUUCAUUGCCCCCAUCGGUAUUGGCUUGUCGCUUUUCAUCGCUGAGUUGAUGGGCGUCUACUUCACGGGCGGCAGCCUCAACCCCGCGCGCUCCUUCGGCCCCGACGUCAUCGCCGGCCACUUCGAGUCGUACCACUGGAUCUACUGGGUCGGCCCCAUCCUGGGGUCGCUGCUGGCCUCGGCCUUCUACGUCACGAUCAAGGCGCUCGAGUACGAGACCGUCAACAUCGGGCAGGACCACCCGGGCGAAUCCGACGAGCUGAGCCGUACUGGUACCAACACUACGGCCAACACGGUCGCUAACAGCAAGGUCGGGCGGGACAGGACGGAUACGUAUGAGCACCCGGACCUGCAACGGGUUGCCUCGUCCACCGCCGGGCCGGCGGUGCGCAUUGAUACGGGUGAGGGGCAGGGUACAAGUGAGAGGGGUGAGAAGGCGGGGGGUCGGGGCCCGUAUUUUGGGGGACCGGACAUGGAGGCUGGACGGGGUUGA